UAUAGGCAGCUCUUCAUGAACCACAAGAAAAAAGACCAACGUGUGAAUUCCCAAUCUAUCCCAUUCUACGAUUCAUAAUUCCGGAAACAAACUUUCUUCAGUUUGCUUCAAUGGGAAAAACUCCAUAUGCAUCAUUAUCCCAACCAAACGUAAUUUCUCCAUCAUCGAGCUUCAAACCAAAAUUAAGCGAUCAAGAUUAUAUGGAACUGGUUUGUGAAAAUGGCCAGAUUUUUGCAAAGAGUCGGAGACCUAACAACAACGGUUAUUUUCAGAGUCAACGUACCCAAUCUCUCUUGGAUUUGUAUGAGACCGAGUAUGAUGAGGAUUUCAAGAAAAACAUCAAGAAUCUUGGAGACUCUCAAGUUGUUCCUGGGAGUGAGCCUCAGCACCCACAACAAGAUGAAGAAACGGAUGAACAAACGAAUGAUAACAAUAAUAAAAAGAAGAAGAAGAUUAAGCCAUCCAAGACCGAAUCUGAGAGAAAUAUCUGGAAAAGGAACAAACGUUCUGAGUCAUCAAAAUUAAUGAAUGAUUCUUUGAAAGGUUUAAAGAAUAUUGAAGUUACCACAGCCCCUCCUGAUGAGCAAUCUGUAGCUGUUGGAAGAUCCAGGGAAUUGUAUAUUGCGUCUUCAUCUAGAGGAACUUCGAAAGAUCUAAAUUGUUGUUCUUUAAAAAAGAGAAAGUAUGGUGACAUGGAAGAAGAAGAAUCAACUUAUUUACGUAAUUCGGAUAAUGGAUCAGAUGAUGCGAGGAUACGAGUUACUGCGACAACAAGAAAGACUGUGGCUAAGAGAAAACGAAGCACAGAAGGCCAUAAGUUAUCCGAAAGAAAGCGAAGAAACGAGAUCAGCAAGAAAAUGCGUGCUUUGCAGGAUCUACUACCUAACGUUUACAAGGAUGACAAGGUAUCAUUGCUGGAUGAGGCUAUCAAAUACAUGAGGACCCUUCAACUUCAAGUUCAGAUGAUGAGUAUGGGAAAUGGAAUGAUAUCAUCUACGAGUUCGAUGUUGCCAAUGGGUCAUUACUCUCCCAUGGGUCUAGGAAUGCAUAUGGGCACAGCAACAACAACAACUUCAGUACAACCAUUUCUUCCUAUGAAUGUGCAAGGAACCAGUUGUUUUCCGUGGAUUAACGAUGCAUCAUCGCAGAUGCUAAGAACCUUUCUUAAUCACCCCACAGGACUAAUCCCAAACUCUCCCAUCUUUUCUCCACUGGAAAGUUGCUCUCAGCAAUUCGUUGUGCCUUCUUGUUUUCCUGAUGAGACUCAUUCUACCUCCUUUACUCAAUUUUCAAAGUUUGCAUCGACAUCAAACUUAGAAGAUGCAAUGCAACUCAGAGGAAGCAAUGGUUAUUGAUUAUCGCUCCACCGAUCGUUCCAAAUAUAGCCUACUUUGUGUUGUUGUUUCUGGAUUUAUGGGCUUUCGGUCUUGGACUAAUUGAAACUGAAUCCGACUAUUUUCAAAUGUUCUAUCGCAACUAUUAAGUUA